ACUAAGAGUGACGAGAUUAGAUUUAUCGUCGUUGAUUGUUUAAAAAUCAGAAAGCUUAAAAAUGCCAAUAAAGACAAAGGAAAUAAAAGGAAUAUUAAUACCUAUAGAAGAACAAGUAAAUAAAUUGAAAGAAUUAAUAAAUACUAACCCUCAUAAUGAAAAUGUUCCUAUGUCGAAAAAAUCUGUUCUCUUUGAACAAUUGGAAUGUUUGGGAGAAAAAUUUGAUUUACUAUCGAAAGAAGAGAUUAGCGAUUAUGAAGAAAUGGAAUCAAAGAUCACUAGUAUCGUGGAAGAAUUUUGUUCCUUAGAAUAUAUUAAUGAAUCUAUUGAAAAUAUAGAUAAACAAAUGGCAAAUCAAAUUUUGUCUACUGUAUUAGAUAAGUUUAAGUUAGCUCUUGAAGCUUUAGAAAAAUUAGAAUGUUUGCCAUUAAAGCAAAGAUUGACAGAUUGUUUAGAUUAUAUUAGAGAAAUGGGUCAAGCUAAUGAAAUUGAACAUUUUCAGAACAUUAAGGAAUUGGGCUCUUGCAUUUUGGAAUUGCUUGGACCAUUACAAAUAUAUAGGAAAAGCUUAAUGUGUCAACUAUUAGCUGAAAAGAUCAUAUUAUAUUUGUGUCAGUUAUGUGCAGCAUUUAAACUGUUAGUACAAUUAGUACAAGAGCAGCAUCGCCUAAAUGCACCAAUCUAUAAUUGCAAGAAAUAUGUGUGUGAAAGACUUUGCUUUUGCUUGAAGAUGAUAAUAGAAAUAUUGGAUAUGUUAGAUCCAUUACCAGAAGAUGAAGAAUUUGAACAAAAAAAUCACUUUGUUUAUAGAAUGGACUUGGUAUUGGACAUCUUAUCAGAAAUGCCAAAUAAAUCACUACAAGAUCAAAUACAGGAAUGCAAAGAUUUAUGGUUUCGAAUAGAAGAUGUGUUUUCAUAUGCAAUGGCUAUUGCACAGGUUUGCAAACCUUGCAAUUUUAAAGCAAUAACUGGAACCUGUCAAUCCAUUAUAUCAGAAUAUGAAAAUUUAAAAUUUCAAUUAACUUCGGAAUCGUCUGAUACAGCAUUGAAUAAUUUGUUUAUGAAUAGUUUGAGCGAUGCACUUUAUCGUUUAGAACGUAAAAUUAAUGUAUCGGUAUUGAAUCUUGUUAUGGAAGUUUUUAGUGAUCCUUUUCAUGCUCUGAGAAAACUUGUUACAAUCUGUGGUAAUUCAUUAAGCGCUAAAAAACGAUCUAAAAAUGAUUUAUCCAAUGCUAUAGAAGAUUUCGAUCAAAUAAUAGAUAAAUCUAUGCAAAUUGGACUAUUUGCUAUUGCUUCUUGUAAAGAUAGAAAUCGAAUUAAUCAAGUCCGAAAUUGUUUGGCAAGUCUUGAAUCUUUAGAAACUGAAUUGAUUUCCGCCAUUACCAUGUUUUAUUUGCAUCCAGACAGUAAAGAGAUACGAGCAAAUGUAAAGUUAUUAACUGCACAAUGGCAAUUAGAAGUCAAUAAAUUACAUGAUGCAAUUAAUCUGAUUAUGGAUUCUGCUGCUUAUUGUCAAGUAGUUUUAGAUGAUCUUCAAGAUCGUAUUUCAGAGAUGUCGAAUUGUCUUGAUAAUAGAAAGCCUGUCACUCAAGCACAGGUACAAAGCGUCGUGCUUAGAUCGUUAUCACUCUCUCGCCAAAUUAGUAUUACAAUAAACGAUAUUGGAAGUGAUAUCGUUGAAAGACAAACAAUAAUGAUGAUUAGAGAAUUAAAAGCUGCAAUUUUUGAAGCUGAUGCUGCUUCAAAAAGUCUUUUAAUAGAAAACGCUACUGAACCACAACAAUUACGGGUAAUAAAAAGAUGCGAAUUAAUAUUGAAUGUAGUAAAACGAUUACAUCCCGCUUUAGUUGCUAUUAUGAAUAAUACAAUGUUAAUGAAUACAACUUAUGGUAAAAAUGGCAAGGGACAAGGUGACACUAUUCAUGAUGUGAGUAAUAAAUUAACAUCUACAAUUUAUGGAUUAUCCAAUGAUAAUCAUAGAAAACCUUUAACUUAUGUAAGAACUCCUUAUACAGUGAGCAGUUGCAAAUCGCCAUUAUCUAUACAAACUGCGAAUAGUGUUUCUAGAACGCAAUUGAAUUUAUCAUGUUUGAUUCCUUAUAUUAAAAAGGGACGUGAAAUGCGCACUGAACGUUCAGUCAUGUAUAAAACACCAUGCAAAAAUGAUUCCCUUGAUCGAUCUUUGAUCGAUGAAAAAUUAAAAAACCGCAGUUUGACUACCAUCAGACAACAUCUUUUUAGUAGAGACAAUAUUAGCUCUCAUGACGAUACAUGUUUAUCAGAGGAAAGAAUGAAUCUAACAGGUAUUUUAGAAAGAUUUGUAUUUUCUUGUACAAAUUUAACUACAACAUCAAAAUCUCACCAUGUUGAGAAAAGUCAACAUGAUACAAAUACUGAUGGAUCAGAUAAAAAGUCUGUUCGACAUUUAACAGAAUUGGUUGAAUGCAUCGAAAACCAAUCUGAUAUGACAACAGGUAAAAUGGAUCAGUGUUCUACAAUUGGCGGAGGUGAUGGUCCAUCAAUCGUAAAUAUAUCAAAAACUUACGAUGAUACGCAACGCUUAAGUAAUAAUACCGAAAUAACGCAAGAACGAUUAUUUGGAGAUUAAAUAUAACUGUUAUGAAUUACAUUGAUAAUGAAAAAUAAUGAUCUUCAUUGAAUUUGAAGUUUCAG